ACAUGUGUAUACUUCAUUUGAUUCGAAGAUUAUUGUUGGUGAGUGCUACUUGGAUGAAAGAUUAUAGCAAUUUCUAUACAAAAGAAUGGAAUAAUGUGGACAAUUCUCCACAAUUAUCAUUUACUGUGUUCUUAAUCAUUCAUGCAGAAUAAAUGGCAGCAUUGAAGUCGUAACGUUCCCGUUUGACUCAGAAAAAUCAAUGAUAAUUUUCAUGUAAUCUGUUUCUAUCCAGAAAGCUAUUUUUUUCUGCUCAUAUUGAACAUAAUCUUUUCAAUAGUUUUUUUUUUUUCAAAUCAAAACUUAUAAUUAAAAUAUGUACUGUCGAAUGGUAUCUAGUAAAUUAGGUAGUUCGAAAUUUAUGAGUGAAGUUAAAUGUUAAUAAAACAGGCAACUAUUUCGUGCAAUAAAACGAAAUAUACAGAAAAAAAAAUAAAUGUCUUUAAUUAAAUCUGCACACUGAUAAAAAAAAAAAGGAGACGAAACGAAUUUAUCCAUAAGAAGAAAGCUACAAGCUUCGUUGAAUUUGGUGACAGAUUAAAAGUAUUGUUUGAAUAAAAAAGGAAUAUGUCAUCAUCGCAUUGGGAGGAAUUCUAUGCAAAUCAUUUGCCACCGGCUGAUUUUGAAGAUAAUCGGUCGCUUCUGAAGGAAUUUUGUGACCGACAUAAUGAAGACCAGAAUUCGAUUGUCCUUGUCACGUCUGGCGGAACGACGGUGCCUUUGGAGCAUAACACGGUUCGAUUUGUAGAUAAUUUUAGCGCUGGUACGCGUGGAUCUGCAUCGGCUGAAUACUUUUUAGAUCAUGGAUAUGCUGUGAUUUUUAUGCAUAGACAAAAAUCGUUGGAACCAUUUACACGACAUUUUACGGGCCAACAAUUCUUUGAUAUGCUCGAUGUUGCUGAAACGAUGGAAAAUGGAGAAAGUGGCACACCUUCAAUUUUUGUGAAGCCGGAUUCGGUUGACGUGCUGGCACCAAUAUUAGCGAAAUACAAAAUUGCACAGGAGGCAAAUAAAAUACUGUACAUAAACUUCACAAGUGUUGUCGAUUAUAUGUGGCUACUGCGUGCUGCAUGCGAAUGUUUGGCUGCCUUCGAUAAACGAGCUGUCCUCUACUUAGCAGCUGCUGUAUCCGACUUCUAUAUUCCUUCCGAUAAAAUGCCAACGCACAAAAUGCAAUCAGGACAUGGAGCACCAACGAUUUCUUUGCAACUUGUGCCAAAAAUGUUGGCUCCCUUGGUCAGUCUAUGGGUACCGAAUGCAUUUGUGGUAUCAUUCAAGUUAGAAACGGAUGAAAAUCUGCUGAUCGUCAAAUCGCGUGAUAGCCUGAAUAAGUACAAACAUAAGCUGGUAAUUGCGAACAUGUUGCAAACAAGAAAGAGCCGUGUUAUAUUUGUGACACCAACCAGUUCGUAUGAAAUCAAUCUGACAAGAGACCAAUUGUUAGCUGGACUGGAGAUUGAGGAGUUCAUUGUGGCGGAUGUGGUGCAAAGUCACGAGGAAUUCAUGGCCGCAACACCUUUACAAUGACCUGUUCGUCGCAGAAAACAGUUGCGAGUCGACUGCAAAGUGACGAUGCCACAUUUUUGCCGUUUGCUGAAUCCGGGAGGAGCUGGACUUAAGAGGAAAUUCUAAAUAUAUUAUUUUCACGGGAAAAAAACAAAACAAGAUUGUUUUUUGUGAGCAGGGAUGUUUAUAAGAAGUCGAACAAACAGUAUGACUUUGUGUGUUAUUUCCAUACAAACAAACAAACAGAGACUUGUUUUGUGGGCGGUUGGUUCAAAGUGUGUUUUUUUUGUAUGGGAUUGAAAAAAAAAACAUGAAAUUCUGUUUGACAACGUCUAAUUUGUUUUGCUUGAAAUGACAUAGAUCUGAUUCAAAUGUAUGGGUUCACUAAAAUAGUUUCAUACUAUUUCUGCAUAUUUUCUGGAAGAAAAUUGGUUUGCAUAGGUGUUUUUGGGAAUUUGAAGAAAAUAAAUUACAGUUUGAACAUUUUAAUUUAUUACUUUCGGCGGGAUUAUUUUGGUGACUCUCUGAAGAGAAUUCCACUCUAAUCAAAUGUAUUAUCCAUAGUUUUUUUUUUUUAAAUCAUUUUAGAUUUUUUUUUUCUUUACAUGGUUUACAAAAUGGUUUUGUAUGUAUAUAAAAUAAAUAAAUUAUUAUAUAGAUUUAAUGUAAAAUUAAAAAUAAAAUAGAGCCAGUGUAUCAGAUCCACAGAAAACAACAAUAUUCCAGUAAUCUUAAAAUACUAUUUAAAAUUAAGCAUGAUUCAGUUGUGUGCCUCUCCUUUUCCAAGAGUAGAAAAGAAAAAACAAAGCGUUCAAAAAAACAAGAGUAGUUGGUUUAUCCGACUAGUUGGACAAAGCAGCUUCAAAUAAACCGUUAGCGAUUAGAAUCAAAGAGCAACAUUUUUUGAAUAUUUAUUAGGGAUACAAUUUUGAAAAGAAAUUGAUUUAAAAGAAACAUAGUAAUGUCUCAAAACAACCAAUAUAUCAUUGUAAUUGUCUGCCCCGUAACAAAUCUGUAAAAUAUUCUUUAAUGCCUUCUUAAAUUGCAUCACAAAUACUCGCAAGAUCGAUGAAUAUCACAACCACCAACUAACAUUGCUACUAUUUUUAUACACACUUUUUUGUUCGAUAUAAUUUACUUUCUAAAUUGCUCGACCAUUUUCAAAGGCGAUCACUUUGAUUGGAGUUUCGACCAAAAGAAAAAAGAACAACUAGAAACCUACAUACAAACAACAUAUCGAACGCGAACAAAUUUGAUUUUAAUAGAAAUUCUAAAAAUCACUUCAAUGCUCAUUGAACGGUAGAUCGAUAUAACAUUUCCCAUGAAGUAUUUAAAGGCUUCUCUCACUGUCCCUCUUUUUAAUUCUUUAUUUAGUUCUCAGUGUCCUUUGUAUUUAUGAUAUAGCUUCGAACCAGAAAAGAAUAUAAUAAUAUUAACAAAAACAACAACAGCAACAACAAAUAACUUACAGGGUUUUAAAUAAUAGAUUUUUCGAAUAAAUUUUGUUUUAUGGAUAUUUUUUUGAAACCCAAAAUUGCAUAUAUAGAACUUAGUUUAUAUGAAAUCAAUGUUUAGAUGUUUAACAAUUUCAAGAUAAAUUAUAUAUCCCAAAAAUGCAAAAGAAAAAAAUGGAGUAAGACAAUUUGUCGAAUAAUGUAUUGCGCUUAAGAUUGUAUCUGAAAAUAGUUGCAUUUUUAGCAUGAAUUCCUUAUCAUUGAAAAUUCCCCCAAAACUGGCAUGAUAGAAAAAUUUCGAAACAAAACCACCUACAUAUUAAAACGGGUUUACAAAUAAAUGUGGAAGAAACAUA